UAAUGUUACUGAUUGCAGUUAGUAAAAAAAAAGAAAAAAGAAAUGACAUGUAACCGAUUGCAUGUAAUCGGUUACUUCCAAACCCUGGGUGUGUGAAUAUGCGUGUGUGCUCGCCUGCGUGUGUGCGUGUGUGUGUGUGUGUGGGCUUGCCUGCGUGUGUGUGUGUGUGUGUACUUGCAUGAAUGAUUUCAUGUAUGUGUACCCAGAGACACACUCUCUUCUCCUUGUUUGUUAUCACUGGGAUUUCAUAUUGUUGGUGCACAUCCACGGGACAGGUUUCUGUAUUGGAGGCAGAGUUUGUUAGCUUGAGAAUAUGUUUAUCCAGGGACUAUGUGAUCACUGAAGUUGAAGAAGCUUGUGUAAAGGCAUUGGUGUCAGCAUAUUUCUUUCCCAGUUCCCCAAAAAAGUAACUUCAAAUCCCCCGAUUUAGAGGAAAAGAUGUGUUAUGAUUACACAAUGUCACCAGAAUGUGUCCCACCAUAUAACAUCAGUCAGACAUUUGUGCGCUGAGAGCAUAGUUUGUUAUUUGUGAUUUGUGAUACUUUUUGUUUCCAGGUUUUCUGUAUUUUCUUAUUCAUGAGAUGAGACAGAAUCUAUCAGAAUUAAACAUGAAAAUAAUAAAUAUAUUUUCUUCAUGAUUUCAUCACAUUACAUUGCUCUUUAUUCCACUGCACAUACAUAGCGUGUCAACUAGACAGAUAUGUUGCUGUUUUUCCUAGUUUCUUUCAAAUGUGUGAUCAGUAGGAUACAUACAGUAUAUGAACUACUAGUAGAAUACUUAUACUAACAACAACACAACUAUUAUUUUGCUCCAUCUGAAAAACUGUGCUGCUUACAUUUAAUAUAAAAUAACGAAAAGCAAAUCAUUAUUUUCAUAUUGGUGUAGAAAUGUAUUAAGCCACUGUUCCUGUAAGAUUUGAGGGUUUACAUAAUGGGCUUCUCUCCUCUAUUCUCAGGACAGAAUGGAAGCUUUGAUUUGGUUUUGUCUACACGGGAGGGAAUUCCAAAGAAGAGCUUCAUUCUAAUGUUCAGGAUGAGAAUAUGCUUCUCCAGGAGUUAUGAGUCUUUGAUAUCCCUGAGCAAAUGUAAGGACACAUAGUUAUUCAAACAGUAGACCUAUCCCGCCUUUUGGGAUAUAAUGUUUAUUUAGGAGGAUUAAAACUGCUUAUACUUUUGAAAACAGUGUUGCAGGGAUGUGCUGGUGGUGGUGGGGGCGCAUAGGAUGAGAAAAUAGAAUGUAUAUCGAAUGUGUACACAUCUGAUUAUUCCAAUGUGAAACAUGGUGGGUGAAACAGCGUGGAGCUGUCCCUUUAAAUAUUCCUUCCGGGUGGUUGUCUCGGUAACCCGGAAGCUUCCAAUUCUGAGAUUCCCUUCCUGUUUUUUUUGUUGUACAUUUUAAGGAAGCAGGGGGUGCUGGCUUAUUGUUAUUUUUGGGGGAUAUUCGCUUGUAGUGGUGAGUAACGCAAACCAUCAGUGAUCCACAAGAAGAGAAGAUCUAUGCUUACUCGACCCUGUACUUUUAUACUGUUCAUUUUGUGGAUAACUAUGGCCCAGAUUCCCGGCCAAGAGAAUAAAGAGAAAACUACUGCCCUGAAAGGUGAGCAACUAGACCUGUUGUCCAGGAUAGACCUGGACGAACUCAUGAAGAAGGACGAACCUCCGCUCAAUUUCCCCAAGACGCUUGAAGAGUUUGAGUAUGCCUUCAACGAGCAGGGCAGGUUGAGGCACACCACGACGGGCGAGGCGUAUGCGUUCAACGCCCGGGAGGAUCUCCACAGGUGGAACCAGAAACGCUACGAGGCCCUGGGAGAGAUUAUCACUCGUUAUGUUUACCAACUGCUGGAGACAAAGUGCAACCUGACAAAGGAAAUCGUGCCGGUGGAUGCCACAGCGGAGGAGCCCAGGAGCUUCAUCUACCUGAGUGCUGAUGCCAUGUCCAACCCUGCCAAGCUGCUGGUGCUCAUCCAGGGUUGCGGGGUGGUCCGGGCCGGCCAGUGGGCACGACGCCUCAUCAUCAACCAAGACCUUGACUCAGGAACACAGAUCCCCUUCAUCACCCGCGCCCAGGAGGAAGGCUACGGCGUGAUGGUGCUCAACCCCAAUGAGAACCACCUGGAGGUGGAGAGGCCGGCCAAGCCCGCGCCCCUGCCCUCCCCCGAGGCCUCGGACGAACCCGCCGAGAAGAGAGAGCGCAAGGACGACCGGGAGAGCAAGAAGAAGAGGGACUUCUACGAGAAGUACCGCAACCCGCAGAAGGAGAGCGAGACCGAGCAGAUCCCCAUACGGGAAAACGGCUCCCCCGAGGAACACGUGCUCUACGUGUGGGACCACUUUGUGUCCAAAGCCGCCGCCAGGAACGUCUUUGUCGUGGCGCACAGCUACGGAGGCCUGUCGUUGGUGGAGCUGAUGAUUCAGAGAGAGGCUCAGGUGAAGAACAGGGUGUGUGCCGUGGCCAUGACCGACUCAAUCCACAACGUCUGGCACCAGGACGCCAACAAGAGCAUCCAGGAGUGGCUGCAGCAGGUACAGAGCGACACGAGCUGACGUCGUGGAGGAGUUUCAACUCCAUUUUCCAGUUCUUCAGUGAGGCUUUACAGACUGGGGAGGAGGAGGAGACCUCCAACACAGUCACUACACGCAGCUCCCACAGAACCAAACCCGACCACGACCACAACCACAACGACCUAUAGAACUGCACCAGCAGGAGGGAAACGCAGGGGGGGGGUGGAGGAGGUGCAUAAACUCCUCUCCGUCUUCCCUCUCCAUCUUUUCCUCCUUCCUCCCUCAUCUCUGUGUGAUCUCUCUCUCUCUCUUCUGGCUGAAUUUAUUUCCCCGCUCGCACGUGUAUUGUUUUACCGGCAGAGUGCAGGGUGGUGGUGUAUACAUUGCAAUAGCGUUUUGCGUUAUUUCUAGAUGAGCGCAACUGUCAAAACAAUAUGGGCUGAGUGUUUGCGUUUCCCGUGGGCUGUGGCUCGUCUGUGGUCCGGGCCACGGAGCAGUGGUUGCAGUGGCUGAGAUUAAGGCUGACAGGCGCUGUGCACAGUGCGCCGUGGUAUACCUCUAAUUGUCCUGACAUCGCCCUGAACUGAGCUAAUACCCCGGCAGCCCUCCCCACCACUCCCCGAGGUCCUAGAGCCCGCCCCUACCCACACAGUCCUCCUCAACCCACACCACUCAUACACUUGGCAUAUCUCCCCCCCUCAACCCAACCUCCUACUGUCACCACAAACCGAUUGUUUUAACUUGAGUAAACAUUCGCCAUUAACAUGAGAUCAUUUUAACGUAAAGUGAGUGUGUUGUUUUUAUGGCUCCCUAGUCACAUCCAUCCCUUUCCCUAUACCAUCUCCAAACACACACACACACACACUUCUUAAAACGAUAGUUACAUUUUCUGUCAAAUUAGGUCCUAUUUAUACGAUCGUACUUUGGGGAGUUGCACUGCAAUGUUUAUGACAGCUGAUAUAGUGGUGGUGUUUUGUAUCUUACUUUCGCUCAAUGUUUAGUUGGAUUUUUAUGGAUUUUUAUACCUUUUUAUCUGUUUGAAAUCCAUGAAAUUGAUGUCCCCAGAUGAUUUAAUUUGAUGAACUAAAUAAAACAACCAUAACCUGUGCUAGAUAUGAGAAUUCAAGAAACUGAGCAGAUUUUAAAUCACUUAAAGCCCAGCAUCAAAAUGAGUUUUAGGGACAUCUCAUUUUAACAGAAACAAGUAGUCGGUAACACAGUCAUAAAAACUUCAAUACAUCCCCUUUGCACAUGUCGGGAAAUCCAAGAUUUCAAUAUUAUCCUAAGCCUAGAUGAUGUGUCUUCAGAUGCGGGGAGAAAUGUAUUUUCCCAACACUUGCCUCGAGUGCAAACGUAAAAGUGACAAAGAGGAGAGCUCUGCGUGGGUCAGCCUCGCAUAAUCUCAAUCUGGGACAUAAACAAGGUAUAUAUAUUUCCACAGCGUUUAAGUUAGAAAUCACUCAAAGAAUAAUGGAAUAUCCUUCUAAUAUGCCCAGAUAUUUGUAUCACCAGAAGGAGACAGUAAGCCACUGAUAUAUGACUACACCUCCCAACACAGCCACUGUCUAUCCAGACAUGCUUUACCUUUCCACGGCUUCAGGCGAGGUAUUUAUAAGGAGUGUUAAGAAAUGUAUUGGUAUAUAUUAGACUUUUUAUUUUAUUUUGAAUUCUGUGUAAAUAACAUCCACUGGGUGAUAUUUUGAGGCUUUUGUAGGUUAUUAAACAAAUCAUUGCUUUUGUCAGUAAUGAGGGAAGCAGAGUGUGAUCUGUUGUGAUUUUCAACUAAUUGUAUUAAUGUCUCUUUGGAUGUCACUCAUGAAGUUAACUUGUUGUUUGAUUUGGGAAUAUGCGGACUGGUGGAGAAGUUUCAUUCCAGGAUGCUGUUGUUCAUGUGUUUUCCCUUUGCGUGAAGGAAUAAACCGUUGCUAUUUUCCUUCAUUAUGUGUAUAUUGCUGCCUCAGGAAUAAACAACACACUAUGUUCACUUGAUAUUUGUAAUAAAGGGCUCGUUCCAGGAAAUGAGUGCCUUUCACAUCCCUAUUUUAAGUAUAAAUUGUGCACACACAUUGCAUUUUAAACGCCUGUUAUAUUACAUGAAGUGCCCUUUAAUAUAGACCACGUGGAACAUUCAAUGAAUCUGAUUUCUAAUGUCAAAAGAGACAUUGAACAUCUAAUUGUCAAAUUCUAGUAUAAAAUCAGGUGAGCUGGUUCUACUAUUUUUGACCGUUUUCUGGUGUUUGGUGAUGGAAAAUUGAGCAUAAGACAUCAACCCUGUUACCCAUAGAUAGAUGGGCUAGAAAUGUUUUAACAAUUAAAACAUUUUUGUGAAGCUUGCAUUGAAUUGCCCCUCUCUUUUGUAAACUACAAGACUCCAUUCCCCCUAUCACAUGGGGAUUGAUUCAUGGCUGAUUUAACAAGUCAUCGACCCUGUUACUUCAUUUGGCACUUAAGAUGCACUUGCUAUAGUUAUUUUUUUCAACUAAAUCUAAAGCACAGUUGUAGACAGUGUAUGUAAAUUGUGACUAAUUUUAACAAAUACUCUUGAACAUAUUAUUCUUUCAGAUUGUUUGUAUGUUUUAUUGAUCAAAGAAGUAAUCUAUCUAAGGACAUUCAUGUUUUGUGAUUUGACUAAAGAGAAACUUCACCAUUUUUCAAAUUCAUAUUGAUCAUCUCCAGCACCACCCCAACAUCAACAUAUGUGAAAAUGGCGUGUUUCUGUGUUUUGUAGUUUUAAAAAAAAUAUGUUUCCAAUGACAUCGCCUAAUUAGGAGACAAUUAGUAGGCAAUGUCAACUCACAAUUGGUCAAAAUCACAAGAUGCACACUGACGUCAUUGGAAACACUUCCUCAAUUGUUUUUACUACAAAACAUAGAAAUGCACCAUUUUCACAUAUGUUGAUGUUGCGGUGGUGCUGGAGAUCAAUAUGAAGUUGGAAAAUUGCAUUUUUUAAAAGUUUUUGUUAAAAUAAUUCUCCAAUCAGAUACAUUAUAGCUGUUGUGUAUGAAAAUGUCCACUGUUUUAUGUUAAGUAAACUCCAAUCAUCCACCUUAAAGAGAGAGUUUACCCAAAUUACAAAAUGACACGUUGGUUUCCUUACCCUGUAAGCGGUCUAUGGACAAGGUAUGACGGCCAUCCUUGCUUUGGUUUAGUUGCCCUGGCAUUGUUUCCAAAUGCUAACGUUUUAGCAUUUGUGUCACAAAUCCCAUUCAAGACAUGGUACCAAUAUUAGCAUUUUUCCUGCAACUAUCCCUUCAAUCAUGUGUUUCCUAUGCACCCUUCCCAUCUAUUAAAACAUUUUUGUCAGUUGCUGAAA